AUGCCGACCUCUAAGAACUCCGGUGUCGCUUCAAAGAGCAUGGGUGCUACCUUGGACUCGUCCACUAACGCACACGUGAGUGGACGGUCUAUGGACAAGGAGUCAGCCAAAUUGCACAAGAGAUCUCGCUCCGAGAAAGGUUGCUUUACCUGUCGGUUGCGACGGAAGAAGUGUGAUGAAGGUCAUCCUUCUUGCAAAGCUUGCUUGAACCUUUGUGUUAAGUGUGAAUAUAAGCGACCGAUGUGGUGGGGGAAUCCGGAGCAGAGGAAACUGCAGAAGGAGCGGAUUAAAAAUAAAAUCAAGCAGACCAAGACGUUAGAACGGAGUACCUCAAAUCAAGAUCCCAUGAAUCGUAUGGGGGUACAUGUCGCAUCACCCAGUCCCCCACCAGCCGAUUUCAGCCGCCCAUUCAUCGGACCCUAUGAGCCUUUCGGCCCCCACUAUGCAACACCAGGCUUUGUCCCUAUUUCCUACGGUCACUAUACUCCUUAUGAGGUCGAUGUGAAAACUGAGCGCCAAACGUUCGUGAACGACGUUCCUCUGCGACAUGACUCUUCCGUGUCCACUUUCAGUGCCAUGGGCCCACCGCAACUAAAUGCCACACUGCCCACUUUUCCUGCCGAUGAGUGGUUGGAAGAAGAGUACUUCGAUGAUCCGCGAGGAUAUGCAACGAUUGAUCCGAUUUUGCAUGGCCAGGAAAUUGGACCGUCCUUUGAUUCCCUUCAUGCCAACAUCCCCGUCGAUGACUACGAUCGCCCUCUUCUUGACCACUUUGUGGAGAAUGUUCUCCGGAUGAUUUUUCCGAUCCUGGAAAUCCAUCAACAAGGUCCUGCGCGCGCUCAAGCUGUGCUCCAGUCAUUGGAAACGAACAAAUCCUACUUCCAUUGCUGCCUGAGUGUCGCAGCAAUCCAUCUCAAGACUACGAGUGGGUUGACCGGCGAGCAAAUCGAUCACGACAUCAUGCGUCACCGUUACGAGGCUAUUUCAGAGCUGUGUCAGGCAUUGAACAAGGAUUCCAAUCAUGAGCACAUUCUGGAUGCGACUCUCGCAAUGAUAUUCUUCCAUUGCUCGGUCGGUGCUCCCGACGACUAUCUCCCCGACAUCCCCUGGAGCGACCACUUCCAAGCUGUGACGAACUUGGUAAGCAAGCUGGGCCUGACAGAUUCCAUGGAGCCGUCUGGCAGCACAUUCAUGGUUCCACCAUUCAGUAUGUCUUUGACAUCCUGGAUUGACAUUCUGGGGUCCACCAUGCUUGGAAGAACACCUCAGUUUGCCCAUUCUUAUCGCAACAAGCACCUUAGUGGAACAUCGUCUGGUCUCCGAGAGCUCAUGGGAUGCGACGAUCGGGUCAUGUACCUCAUCUCGGAAAUUGCUUGUCUCGAGUCUCUGAAGAACGAGGGCCGGGUUGACACAAUUACCGUCUGCACUCAUGUCUCCGCUCUCGGUAAUCAAUUGGAGUACACCGAGUCCGAUAACCAGGUAUUGGAGAGCCCCUACUCAGCAACUGGAGCGAUCCGGCCCGAUGUUCUCACCAGAAACAUGACUAUCGUGUACCGCCUCGCUGCCCGAAUCUACCUCUGCAGCUUGGUUCCUGGGGCCGAUCGAACCCAAUCGAGCACCCGUAAUCUGGUUACCGCGAUGGCGGAUACUCUGUCAUACAUUCCUGCAGGCCCCUGUGGAUUUGAUCGCUCGCUGGUUUGGCCACUUCUUAUCGGCGGCGCAUUUUCAACCCCUUCAAGUUCCUUCCGCCAGGUCCUAGCGGACCGAAUUGAUGCGAUGGGAGACCUUGCCGACUUCGGCAGCUUUGGACGCAUGUUCCAAUUAUUGAAUGAGUACUGGCGCCUGACAGAUGAUCCAGUAAAUAUGCCCGUGGCUAAGGAAGAGUUUGUGUCUGAUGUUACCCUCCGAUCUACUGAGCCAAGCUCUGAAGUUUCAGUCUCGCCAUCCCUCCAAUCACCUGGGAUGCGAGAGAUCAAGAAGCAACAGGUGCACUGGCGGGACAUCAUGAACAGAAAUGGGUGGCGCUAUCUGUUGAUUUGA